AUGGCUUUCAAGUUUGUAUUCGCACUCGCUUUCGUCGCCGCGGCCAGCGCUGGCUACAUACCCGCUGCUCCAGUAUACCACGCCGCACCAGCCGUCGCUGUGCACGCAGCACCUGUGGCUGUAGCUCAAAAGGUUGUGGUGAAGUCGGAGGAAUACGAUCCUCAUCCUCAAUACAAAUUCUCUUAUGGCGUUGAUGACAAACUUACCGGUGAUUCCAAGAGCCAAGUUGAGGAACGUGAUGGUGAUGUGGUUCGUGGUGAAUACUCUCUGAUUGAUGCUGAUGGUUACAAACGCACUGUGCAAUACACUUCUGAUCCCGUGAACGGUUUCAAUGCCGUCGUGAACCGUGAACCUCUCGUUAAAGCUGUUGCCGUCGCUCCAGUUGUAAAGACUGUUGCCCCAGUUGCCCACUACGCUGCUCCAGUUGCUCACUACGCUGCUCCAGUCGCUCACUACUCAGCCCCUGCUGUGGUCAAGACCGUUGCUCCCGUAGCUCAUUAUGCUGCCCCAGUGGCUCACUACGCCGCCCCUGCUUACCAUCAUUAA